CAAGCAGUGUGCCAAUGAAGAGCGUACGAUACCCUUGCUGUGCCAUUGUUACAAGAAUGCAUCUCCGCAUGCCUACCCCUACCAAAAACGAUCGUGGUAGAGGUGGUGUAUAUGGAGAGAGCGCCGGUGGUGUAGAAACGGUUGUGUUUCGCAGUGGGACACUCUCGCCGCCCGAAAAAUUAGACUCGCCGCCUUUGAAACUUUAGAUUAUCCAACGACCACCGCGCUUUUGCCCUUCUUGUCCCUAACCUUCCCAGCGCAACUGAGAGCUUCCUAAACCCACGUUCUCUUUUGCAGAAACUCAAAUAGCCGUGCAUCAUGGCGUCGCUAUUAGGUGCUGGCUACGAGUCGAGCGACGAUGAGACCACGCGCCCCCAGACCCAAACUACCGCGCCGACAGCGACCAAGAUUGUCGCAGCGCCAGAAGUAAAUACAGAGGACCAAGCACAUAUGCAGAUGAUGCUCGCUAAUACGUCCUCCCAAGCUCUGACUUACAAUGCAACAUACGACGAUCUCUCCCGACCCAACCAGGGCCCAGCGAAUCCUUUUAAGCCUGAUGGUCCCGCGAAUGGGCUCAAGCGCAAGAACGUGCCGACGGGAUACGCAGAGGAAGCAGCAAUCAGCGCAGCCACCUUUGCCGCGCAACACCGCACGUUCCAGAGCUUAGGAUACACACGCAACCCCGGGCUACCGGGGCAGUUUGUGGGAGAUCUGGACCGGGCGGCACAGUAUGGAGGUCGGGAUAUCGUGCAGAUGAAGCCGUCGAAAGAGGUAUCGGCAGCCUUGCGGGCCAAAAGACAAAGGAAGGGUGACUCGAGCAUUGUCGAGGGUGAAGGCGCUUAUCUGGGACCAUGGGCGAAAUAUAAGGAUGAUGACCAUAUGUACGAGGAAACGGAGGCGGCCGAAGAUCGGGAACUCGCCAGUGACGAGGAGUAUGUGGAUGAAGAGGAAGAGGAGAUCGCCCCGGCUCAUAUGCCUGCCAUGAGCAAGCAAGCGACAGACUACCAAGACGAUUCAUCCAAGGUGGAAACGACCGAGUUCCAUGGAUCCGAGCAAUUCGACUACAUGGGCCGGACAUACAUGCACGUACCGCAAGAUUUGGAUAUCGACCUCAGGAAGGAGAUUGGCAGUGUCAAGAACUUUAUCCCGAAGAAACUCAUCCACACCUGGAAGUCACAUACCAAAGCCAUUACAUCCCUCCGUUUCUUCCCUCAAUCUGGCCAUCUCUUACUAUCCUCUGCAGCGGACGGCAAGGCCAAGAUCUGGGACGCAUUCCAUUCGCGCGAGCUUCUGCGCACUUUUUCCGGCCAUUCUAAAGCUAUCACCGACACAGAUUUCCAUUCCACCGGGAAAACAUUCCUCACAGCAUCCUACGACCGCCAGAUCAAACUCUGGGACACCGAGUAUGGCAAGUGCCUUGGUCGUUUCUCUACCGGCAAGACGCCACACGUUGUUCGGUUCAACCCCGGCGCCGAGCACUCCCACGAGUUCCUGGCUGGUAUGUCUGACAAGAAGAUCGUCCAAUUCGAUACCCGCUCCGGCGAACUGGUCCAAGAAUACGACCACCACCUCGCAGCAAUCAACACCAUCACCUUCGUUGACGAAAACCGUCGCUUCAUCUCCACAUCUGACGACAAAUCCCUCCGUGCCUGGGAAUAUGGCAUCCCCGUCCCGAUCAAGUUCAUCGCAGAACCAUACAUGUUCGCCCUCACACGGGCAGCACCCCAUCCAAACGGCAAAUACGUCGCCUUCCAGUCCGGCGACAAUCAGAUCGUCGUCUACGGCGCCACGGAUAAAUUCCGCCAAAACCGAAAGAAGAGCUUCCGCGGCCACAACAACGCCGGUUACGCCAUUGACCUCAAGAUCUCUCCAGAUGGCCAGUUCAUCUGCUCCGGCGACAGCGCCGGAUACGUAUGCUUCUGGGACUGGAAGACCGGGAAGAUGUACCACAAAAUUAUGGCGAGCGGUAAGGAAGGCGGUGCGACGACUUGUCUUGACUGGCAUCCUCAAGAGACGAGUAAGGUCGUCACUGGUGGAUUGGAUGGUGUGAUUAGAUACUGGGACUAGAACUAGAGCUUCUUUUUGUCUUCAACUUUCUGUUCCCUUCUUACUAUGGUGAAAUUGAUACCAAGAUGAGAUGGCUAUACCUCCUCAACGCCAUUUGUAUCAUCCUAUAUUGUAUGUACUUUAACAUAUCUUUAUCAAGGGCAUGGGUACUUGGAAUGGACCGGGAAUACCUGGAGGCUAUAAAAAUCAGGAA